AUGGCUGUCUCUCUAUCGAUUGACACCCUCAAAUGGCACUGCCCGCCCUGGGGUGGACUGGUCCAUGGUCCUUCCUACGAUCGACAGGCAGUUACCCCGGGUAUCGUCCACCUUGGCUUGACUGAGUAUCACAGAGCUCAUCAAGCCCAUUUCAUCGAUGAGAUUUUGUCAUCUGGACAGGUGGACUCCCUGACCUGGGGCAUCUCAGGCGUGUGCCUCUCCAAGGAUGAAUUCCUGCAGCGCGCGAUGGAAGAGCAGGGUGGCAUGUAUGUCCUCUGCACGAAAAACUCGGAGGACCCCGUGACCCGCAUCAUUGGUGCUUACUGUGAGUAUUUAUCAGCACCAGCGCAGCCGGACGCGGUUCUGGAAAGGUUGCAGGCCGACAGUACCAAGAUCAUCAGCCUCUGCCUGAGUGAGCACGAUCCGCUCGAUGAUGCGGGCUUGGAUGAGUCUUCGCAAGACGUCCAGUCGGAUCUGGAGGCACUACGGAGCAUCGUGGAGUGCACUGACUCUGCAUUGCUGUCAUCGAUUCGGCCUCUCAAGACGGCUGCAGCGUACCUGGUCGCAGCUGCAGCUUUGCGCAGGAAGAGCCGCUCACCGCCUGUGGCCGUGCUCAGCUGUGAUGCAGUGCCACGGAACGGGGAGCGCUGUGCAAAGGUUGUGGCGGCCCUGGCGCAGCAGACAGGAGGUGAUGAGCUUGUGAAGUACAUUGAGGAGCAGUGGCGCUUUCCAAGCUCCGUGUGUGAUCGCAUCAUCUACAGGAUGACACCCACUGUGCUUGAGGAUCUUCAUCGAGCGUCGGGCGUCGCUGACAAGUCACCAGUUGCCUGUGAAGACUUCGUGCGCUGGGUGGUAGAGGACCAGUUCCCAAGUGGCAGACCUGCGUGGGAGUCGGUCCUGGGAGACGCUUGCGUCUUUGUGGAGGAUGCGCAGCCCUUCUCGGACCUGCACUUGAAGGUUUUCGAGGGUGCGAGGCAGCUGAUAGUCUAUGCCGGCCUGCUGCUGGGCUACCGGAGGAUCAAUGAUGCGCUGAGCGAGCCUGUGAUUUUUGAUUUUGUGAACAGAUACUUGGCAGUAGCUUUGGAAUAUGGAGUCACCCCGUCUGAGAGUGCCGAUGGGGAAGCCUAUCAGGCCGAAGUCUUCAGUCGGCUCUCCGCCAGCGACGAGGAGUUAGUGUCCCUGGCGCACGAGGGAUGUCGUAAUCUCGGCAGAUUCUGCAUCAUCCUGAUUCCCAACCUGCCGCCGAUGGACGUGCCCACCAUAAAGCCAAUUGUCCAGCUACUCUGCCUUUGGGUGCGUUAUCUGACUUCUUCCACGGAUGAGACAGAGAU